UCUGCUCUAACGUCCUCAGUGAGAUAUAUAUAUAUAUGGGACUUUUCCGUCUCUCGCCAUUCAGCGAUUUACAACUGAAGAAUAAUUAUGUCAGGAAGAGGAAAGGGAGGUAAAGGACUCGGCAAAGGAGGCGCUAAGCGUCACCGUAAAGUCCUCCGUGAUAACAUCCAGGGAAUCACCAAACCCGCUAUCCGCCGUCUGGCUCGCCGUGGUGGUGUGAAGCGUAUCUCCGGUCUGAUCUACGAGGAGACCCGCGGUGUGUUGAAGGUGUUCCUGGAGAACGUGAUCCGUGAUGCCGUCACCUACACCGAGCACGCCAAGAGGAAGACCGUCACCGCCAUGGAUGUGGUGUACGCUCUGAAGAGACAGGGACGCACCCUGUACGGAUUCGGAGGUUAAACGUUCAUCUCUGAUAAUCCCAAAACCAAAGGUCCUUUUAAGGGCCGCCCACAAACUCUGUAGAGAGCAAAGCU